AGGUACGUUUUUAAAUAGCAAGUCAUUUCAUAGUUUCAUAUAUACACGCAUUUCCAUUUGUGGAAGAUUCCUAUUUUCAGGGUUUUCUUUUCAUCUUCUUACUCAUUCACUCCAUUUUCUCCUCUGCUUUUCACCAUCAACAUUGCUCACAAAUUCAAUCCUUCAAGCACGAGAUGCAUCGAAAAUCAGAACAUACUCGCGAGUCUGAUUUGCAGUACUAUGAACGUAGAUAUUACAAUCACUUGAAGGAUGGUUACUAUAGGUUGAAAAUCUCAGGUUCAACAUAUAGAUGUCCAUUCUGUAACAACAAGGAUUAUUACUCUUUGAGUGUGCUUCUGAGACAUGCUUCCAGAAUAACCGGUGACUCGCGCGAGACAAUAAAGGAAAGUGCUAAACACUCUGCACUUCAAAGGUACAUUGGUAAAGACAAGUCACCUGCUGUUAAAGCAACUUGUAAAGAUAAGUUACCUGCUUUGAGUGUUUCUAUUGAUAAGGAUAGUUCACAUAAUGUUAACAUUGCUGAGAACCAGUCACCGAAUGAGAUUGUUGCUGGUGAUGAAUUGUUUGUCUGGCCAUGGAUGGUAAUUCUGGCAAACAAUGUUACCACAUUUGACCCGAAGAGCGGAAAGCGUGUUGGAAAGAAACAUAAUGAAAUUAAGGAGGAGCUGCUCUUGAAAGGGUUUCAGCCGGUGAAAGUUACUGCGCUGUGGAACCAUAACGGACAAACACCUUUUGCAAUUGUUGAAUUUGGAAAAGAGUGGGAUGGUUUCCACAAUGCUAUGAUGUUAGAAAGGCGCUUUCAAGCAGAUCAUUGUGGUAAGAAAGAUUACUUGAAUUUACGGCAGCAGGAUCGAGGAGAUAGACUCUUUGGGUGGAUGGCACGUGGUGACGACUAUAAUAAUGUUAGGGAUAUAUUUGGGAAACACCUCCGGGAUAACGGGGAUUUGAAAACUGUUUCUGGAAAAGAAGCCGAGGACGAUAGGAAAGCAAAGAAGCUUGUCUUUGGCUUGGCGAAUACUUUAAUGCUGAAGAACAGGGAAUAUGAACAGACAGCAAGCAAAUAUCACGAGGCUAGUCAAUACCUAACGAAAGUAAUGGUUGAAAAAGAGGAGAUGGUUGAACAUUUUAAUAACGAAAUAAGAAAGAUACGGCAGGAUGAACGCAAUUAUCUGGAGAAUUUGUUUAAGGAUCACGAAAAAGCUAGGCUGAGACUAGAAGCUCGGAGGAAUGAACUUAUGUCCCGUGAAAAGGAUUUGCAGAAGCGUAAAGCAGAUAAUCAUAAUGAGAGAACUAAGCUAUAUCAUGACAAGAAAAAAAAUGAGAUGGCAAUAGCGGAGCAACAAAAGGCUGAUGAACAAAUGAUGCAUUUGGCUGAAGAACACAAGAAAGCAAAAGAGAAAUUUCACAAGAAAAUUCAUGAACUGGAGAGAGGACUUUUUUUUUUGAAAACUUGGUAUCCGGUCUUAGGACCGAACUGGAGAGAGGACUUGAUGCAAAACAAGCAUUGGAAUUGGAAAUUGAACAGCUGAGAGGAGCUUUCCAAGUAAUGAAUCACAUUGGAGAGACUGAUCUGGAAGAGAAGAAAAAACUGGAGGCAAUAAAAAUGGAUCUGAAAGAAAAGGAAGAGAAAUUUGAAGCCGAGGAAGCUCGUUAUCAAAAACUGGUUGUUCAGGGGCUCAAAACUAAUGCCGAGUAUCAAGAUGUCCGCAAAGAGUUAAUAAGUUGGAUUGGCUCCCCAAAUGCUCGAGCCACAAUUUCAGUGAAAAGGUUGGGCGAACUUGAUCGUAAGCCAUUUUUGGAAUCAGCUAAGAGAAAGAUUUCUGCUGAAGUGAAUGCGAAAGCAGCAACUAAGAGAGAACUUUUCGAGGAAGCGAAAGUGAAAGCAAUCCUGUGGUGCUCACAGUGGGAAGAAUAUCUUAGGGAUCCUGACUGGCAUCCUUUCAAAAUUAUAACUGACAAAGAAGGGAACUCCAAGGAAAUUUUAGGCGAAGAAGAUGAAAAGCUGAGAAGUUUGAAGGAUGAGUUUGGAGAUGAGGUGUAUGAUGCAGUAGUUACAACUCUAAAGGAGUUAAAUGAGUACAAUCCUAGUGGUAGGUACCCAAUAUCGGAACUAUGGAAUCAUAAAGAAGGAAGGAAGGCUAUAUUGAAGGAGGGUGUUUCCUGUUUAGUGAAGAAAUACAAGAAACUUAAAUCAAAUAAGCGACAGAGAUCAAAUAAGCGAAAGAGAGCUUGAGGCUUCAUUUGGGCGGUAAUUAAGAACUUAGAAUUAGAAUUAUAUGCAGAAAAUUUAAUAUAAAUUUCAGCUCUAACAGACUUGGUACCGCUCAAAAUUAUAUUGCUGUUUGUUGGUGGUGAUACUUGGUAUAAUUGUUAUAUAUAUUCACAACGUUUUCUCUA